UCUUGGCAACUCACACACACACACAAACAUGUACGACACACAAGCAGAGGGAGACAUACACACACACACACACAGAGAGAGAGAGUUUACUCGGUCGCUGCAGUCACGCUCAUUUCUCCGGAGCUCUGGCUGCGGAUGCUGCCGUCUCUCCUCCUCCAUCUCCACGAGGAUGCUGGAGCGCACAGAGGCGGACGGAGGCGAGCGCAUCGGGCCGCCUGAAAUCACCCAUAUCUCGUCGGCUAUCCUGUACCGUCACUUUCCCAAACUUACAAGAACUAUGAAUGGGGGUCGAUGCUGAAUAAUCUGGGCGGACGUGUUCUGUAUGCCGCCCCUUCUUUCUAAUCGUCAGCUGCAUCAGCUGUUGCUCUGGGAAAACUCGAGGCGACUCCCACUCUGAGGGCAUCGGAUACGGGCAUCACUCCACGAUGCAUCCUCUGUCUUCCUGACUCCUCCUAACACAGCGGAUGCUGCCUGCAUCAUUAAUAUUUGAUCAGCACCUGGUAUCACAGCAGCAGCUCGCCACUCCUGAUGGAGAAAGCACAAUCUGUACAAGCACAGCCUGGAUCCAAGGCGCAUGAAAGUCCAGCAGAAGACAUCUCCAACCUCACGGAUGAAGAGCUCCUCCAAUGGAGCAAAGAGGAGCUGGUGCAGCGACUCCGAAGGUCCGAAGCCGAUAAAAUGACCGUCAUUCUGGAUCACAGUAAUCUGAUUCGGGAGGUGAACCGCAGCCUCCAGCUGCAUCUGAACGAGAUCCGGGGGCUGAAGGAGGUAAACCAGAAGCUGCAGGAUGACAAUCGGGAACUGCGAGACCUGUGCUGUUUUCUGGACGAUGACCGGCAAAAGGGCAAGCGGGUGUCGCGUGAGUGGCAGCGUCUGGGUCGCUUCAGUGCCAGCGUUAUGCGUAAGGAGGUGGCACUUUAUCUUCAGAAACUGACAGAACUGGAGCGCAAGCAGGAUGAGGUCAUUCGGGAGAACCUGGAGCUUAGGGAACUUUGUCUGCUGAUAGACGAGGAGAAAGGAGGCAGUGGAAGGGAAGGAGGCCAAAGUGGGACGGGGUCCAUUGGGUGUCGUAACUCCAUUGAUAGCCAGAGUGGGCUUUUGGUACCCAGCUUGAUGCGGGACGUGGGGGACGGAAGCAGUACUUCUAGUGCUGGAAGCGCUGACAGCUCUGAGCAUCCACACCAUAAGCAGCCACAGCCGCCGUCUAGUGGUGGAAUUGGGAAUAAAAGCCCAGAGAUCCAGAAGGCUCGUCCUGGGAAAAGAGGGGAAGGAGAACGGGUGGAGAUCUCCAGUCCUGACCCUCCCGUCCGACACAGAAGCACCAGCCUGGAGUAUCCCUUCAUACUGCCCCAGCCCUGCCGACCACGCUGUGGCUCCAUAUCUGUCCCUGACCAUCGGCUGAUUAGAGGGCUUAGUCCAGAAAAGUACAGUCGAUCCCUGGGCCACCGGAGUCCGGAGACUCAUCCGAAGCACCAUCUGGCUACAGGACAACCCAUGAAUCCUGAGCUCUACAUCCAGAGGCACAGGGGCAGCUUAGGAAGUGGGCCUGGGAGUCCAGAAGCUAGACACCUGCUGCUAGGAACAUCAGAGCUCCACCAUGACAAAAGCAAGCUGGGAGGAAGUAGUCCUGAGAUGCUGAGGCACCAGUACAGCAUGAGCCCUGAACAUGGGAAGUUUGGCAGCCCUGGUAGAGAGAUGUCACCUCGGAGAUUGGCAGGAGAAGAGCUGUCGCCACACCAUCGGAGCCUUUACAAUGGCGUGAAUGCUUUGAUAUCAGCAGGAUGUUGCAGCAACAACUGCAGGAACGUGAAGCUCUGGGACAGAAAAACGAAACUUAUACAGGGUGAGAACAAAACAGAGUUUUGAUGGCUCCUCUUGACCACGCUGUUGCUUGGAGGUUCGGAUUGAUGCAGGGGCCCCUGGAGCCCAGCUCUCACCAGGCAUUCCAUCCCUGCGCAGGCAGACCCCCUUUGAGUUUUCAUAACAUAAGUCGCUUUGUGGACCCUCUGGUGCGAUCAUUUCAGUGGGGACUGGAGCGAGACGCAGGAUGUUUUUGGGGUGAAAGACGACGCUGGCACAAACCACAGAAACAGACACACCCACACACGACUAUGAGAAUCUAAAUAUCUCCUGUGGUUUACAGAUGUUUAACAGUACUUCAUUUGGGUAAUCAAACACUCGAGCCGUCCCUCUCUCUAUAUCGUGUCUCUCUGUAUCAUUCUGAGUAGCAAUAGGACACAUGAAACACAACGCUGUGGCUUCUCUGAAGGUGCUUCCCUGUCCUUGAUGUUUAUUUAUGCAGUUUCUUUUCAACCAAAGCUAUUUGAAAUAUCUCUAUUGCUCAUUUUUCAUCCAGGCAUCUAUCAAGGAGUAUCAGUAUAAUGUUUGCUAGUUUUCCAUCUCUUGGAUCGUUUUUUACAUGACUGACACCAGUGCAAGAUGUUUGUGUUACGAAAGCAGAAUGGACUCUGUACAUGUUGUCAGUGACUGAAUAACCUCAUCAGUGUUUUCACUGAUUCUGUGUGUGUAUGUGUGUGUGUUUAUUGGAUUUAUUAUUCCUUCCCUCCAAGCUCCUGUAUAUAAGCUAAUGAGGUGUUUCUUCACGUUGUUUUAUAUGCAAAAAAUACAGCAUAGUACAUAUAGUAAAUUAAUGGAUUAGUUUUAUAUGCAUAUAAUGACUAUUAUUUUUGACUUACAGUCAUUAUUAUAACAAUAAUAAUAUGAAUAUAUCUAUGUGCAAAAUAUUAAAGGAUUUUCAUUAUGUA